AUGUGGCGUGAAAUUUGUGUACACAGCGAUAGCCGCAAUGUACGAAUAAUAUCUCCUCGGUUUUUAAAUCAGAGAAUAUUAAUCCAUGUAGAAGUAUCCGUAAAAUGGAUAAGAUCGUCAGAAAUUGUCCUAUUCUUUGGAAAAUAACUUGAGAGAAAAAAGUGUGAUAAACUGGUGCGAAAUUAACAGAGCGGUCGCCACAAUGAUAUAUUGGGACGAAAUGUCUUCUAGCCUUGAUUGAGUUGUGGAAAAUGGCCGAGGAAACAGAAAUGAAAUGUCUUUGGUUACAAGACAAGACUUUGACGGGCGACUGCUACGUUCAAGUUGGAAAAGAAGUGGUAGAUUUUAGCUCUCAGUAUGGAAGCGAGAGAAGUAUUUCGUACACUGCCUCAAAUUUAGCAGGAAAAGAAACUAUUUACCCUGGUUACGGGGAUUACACACAAGCUUGUGUUUUUAGAACAUAUGGACGCUGGUGGAAACUGGCCCCGUCAGCUGUUAAAAAGUUUAAAAAAACACCGGAUGACUUUUGUAGUUUUGACUUCAUUGAAGUAUCGUUUGAAGAGAAAGUAUAUCCAACAAAAAUUGAAGUAUUUGAGACAUAUAACCCAGGUUGUAUUGUUAAAAUCCUCGCUUGUGAUUCUACUGCUGGUACUGAUGUAGAUACCGGAAAAGUACAAUGGGUGACAUUAUGGAGUGGUCAACCUCAAGUUCCAGUAAAAGAAGCAAAAAUAUUUUCUCCACCUUUGAGGAAAGUGAAAUUUAUGACUGAUCUCAUUCGACUAGAAAUAUGUCAGGACUUAGUGGAUUAUUAUACUGAGUUAGAUAGUAUUAGACUUCAUGGUGUCAAGGAACAUAGUUCUGACAGAUUAGGAAUGGUUCAAGCUUAUUCAAGUGGCUUUAGUCAUGAAAUUGAAAAUGGAUUGCUACGUACAUUGGAUAGUCCAGAGCUUGAAGAUGUCUGUCCAGAAGACAAAAUAUCUUUAGCACUUCAAGACUUUAAAAUAUCAGAUGAAGAUUCCAGUAUACCUAAUGUAGAGGAAGAAGAAGAAAUUGAAUACACUGAAAAUGGUGCUUUUAACUGUUUACCAGGUGAAAUAAUACAGCUGAUAUUAGAGUUUCUAGAUAUACCAGAUUUAUGUAAUCUAGCUCAAACUUGCAGGUUGCUACGGAAACAUUGUAGUGAUCCAUUAUUAUAUACAGAAUUAAAUUUACAACCACACUGGACACAGAUUCGAGAUUCAACUUUAAAUAGUCUGAAGUCAACAUGUUCGUGUGAACUUUUACAAAGAUUAAACUUAGCAUGGUGUGGUAAAGGUGGAAUAUUAACUAAUUGUGGUUUAAACAAUUUUCUACCAGUGUGUAGUAAUACGUUAACUUAUAUUGGUCUAGCUUGUUGUCAGUUUGUUGAUUCUACAACUCUAAAAAUUGUUUCUGAAAAUUGUCCAAAUAUUGAAGAGAUAGAUUUAAGUUGUUGUCGUAAGGUGGAUAAUGUGGCCAUGUUAUUGUUGUUAAGAUUUAGUAAAUUAAAAAGAUUAAAUCUCUAUCGAACUAUGGUUGAUAUGCAUUCCUUGAUAGCAGUUAUAAGAUCAUGUCCAUUGUUAGAACAUUUAAAUCUCGGAUCAUGUAUAAGGAUAAAUUGUUUUGAUGAUGUACUAAUAGAAUUAGGUCAAUGUAGCAAGAAUUUGUUAACACUAGAUUUAUGGCAGGCUCGUACACUAUCUGAUAUAGGAUUAAAAGCUCUAGCACAUGGUUGUCCUCUACUACAAGAACUUGAUCUAGGCUGGUGUCCUGAACUUAGAUCUAGAACAUCAUGUUUUACAACACUGUUACAAGAAUGUCGUAACUUACGUAAAUUAUAUUUAACAGCUAAUAGAACUGUUUGUGAUGGUGAUCUACGUGCUAUAGCUCAGUAUUGUCCUUAUAUGGAACAAAUAGAUAUAUUGGGUACUAGAGAAGUCACACCAGAUGCUGUUAAUAGGGUUCUUGAAAAGUGUAAAAAUUUAAAAUUCUUUGAUGUUUCCUUCUGCGGAGGGAUUUUAGAUAACCAUGUAACACACUGGGAACUACAAUAUCCUUACAUCAAAUUUAAGAAGAGUUACCAGUCCUGACAGUUGAUUUUUGGAUUAUAGGAUACUGGACAAUCAUUCUACCUCAUCUUGAUAAUGCAAUUAUUUCAAAAUACUACCAUUAGUUAUGCAUAAUUUAAUGUUUUAUGAAACAGUAGCUUGUUUAUGAUCACCUUAUUUCUAGUCCACACAGAUUGUUUUAAAUUCUUAGUCAAGAAAUUCACAAGAUUCGUGUGACGAUUUUCACCAAAUUAAACACCUGGGUCUCAUUUUUCCGAUGAAUCCUUACAUCAAAUUUAAGAAGAGUUACCAGGCCUGACUGUUGAUUUUUGGAUUAUAGGAUACUGGACAAUCAUUCUUCCUCUUCUUGAUAAUGCAAUUAUUUCAAAAUACUACCAUUAGUUAUGCAUAAUUUAAUGUUUUAUGAAACAGUAGCUUGUUUAUGAUUAUUUUAUCUCUAGUCCACACAGAUUGUUUUAAAUUCUUAGUCAAGAAAUUCACAAGAUUCGUGUGACGAUUUUCACCAAAUUAAACACCUGGGUCUCAUUUUUCCGAUGUAUCCUUACAUCAAAUUUAAGAAGAGUUACCAGUCCUGACUGUUGAUUUUUGGAUUAUAGGAUACUGGACAAUCAUUCUUCCUCAUCUUGAUAAUGCAAUUAUUUCAAAAUACUACCAUUAGUUAUGCAUAAUUUAAUGUUUUAUGAAACAGUAGCUUGUUUAUGAUCACCUUAUUUCUAGUCCACACAGAUUGUUUUAAAUUCUUAGUCAAGAAAUUCACAAGAUUCGUGUGACGAUUUUCACCAAAUUAAACACCUGGGUCUCAUUUUUCCGAUUGGCAUGUAUGUAUACAUAAGUACAAACUUAAAAACUGGCGUUAAUUGUAAGAAAAGAGCAAGACGGAAAGUAAGUAAGAAUGUGUUUGUGAAAUAUACUUAGCAAGAUGCUUCGAUCAUUAUGGCAAUAUUCAGUCAAAAUCAAUUCCAGUUAUUUCAAUAAAACAAUUGAUUGUUUUAAGGACAGUUUGUAAAUCUCAAAUGAAUAUUUAUUGAUUUUAUUUUUGGAUGAUAAUAUUGGCAAAUUUAUAAAGACCAAUCUGACCAGUUUGAGACUGUAACCGUAAAAUAUACCCAUGUGAUCUUUCGGUGAUCGGCAACAACUUGUGAAGAUAAUCCUUUAAAGGGGCAUUAGGUAAGAUUAGAUAAAGAGCUGACAGUUUUUGUUAUAAUAGUUAAAAUAUAGAGAUAAUGAAAUGAGAAUAUUCUGAAAAUUUCAGUCAAAUUACUUCACUCUGAACCAAGAUAUACUAUUCAAAAAAAGUAGGGGAUAUUUGAUUUUUAAGUGUUAUUAAAGUCACCUAAUGAAACUGACGAAGAAACAAAUGACAAAAUGAAAUGAAGUUCACAUUCAUCGAUUUAUUCCAAAUGAUCGUUAGACUAAGUAAGGCACAGACUGACCAUUAUAAGGGUAAAAUGAUACCCGGGGUCAAACAGCAAAGUUACCACAGCAUCACAACCAAGUCAGUAACGGGUAAAUCCUCCUCUGUUUGCCAAACAAGCAUUGAUCCGA